CACUGUACAGUCCUGGCACCUUUUGGGCGCGUGCUGUCACCCACACCUGUGUCAGCUUCACUCAGCUCACCUGGAGAUAUGACCGGUGGCUAAUUUGAGCACGCGCCCGUUACUUUCGCUUUGAUGUACCGGCAGAAUUGAAGUCGCGCGUCUGUUUAGUCACAUACUGGAAAAUAAAACGAGCGAAGGACUUCUUUAUUUUUUUAUCUUAUUUUUUCCGUAUUUUGGAAGACGGGGACGUCAUGAAAACUGCGAAGGAAGACGGCGAGAUGAUGGGAGUGACGGUAAAUCGAUUUGUAGUAGAGGCGCCUCCAUCUGGGAUGUCCAAGAAUGGAUACUUCUUUCAAGAAAUGGAGCAGCGGGAGGCGGAGCAAGAGGAGGACAGCGAGUGCCGAGAGGAGGGACAGGACCUACCGAUCGCCUGCGGCGAAGACAUCCACCUCUAUGACAACCAGAUCAGCCCUGGACCAGAUGCCGACGACUCUGGCUGUGUGUUACUGAACACAUCAAGACGGUAUGUGAAGCUCAUGAACUUCGAGGAGGAAGUUCGGGCACACCGGGACUUGGAUGGCUUCCUGGCGAGGGCAAGCAUACUGUUGGAUGAGACAGCCGCCUCCCUGGACGACGUCCUCAAGAGAAUGUUGCACCACGUAGGCGAGGACAGCCACGUGUCCGAGCCCGGGUGCAACUUUGAAGAGGUGAUGAGCAUGCUUUUCACAGAUGCAGGAGCUCAAGAGGUCAACGAGAAGUCUCAAAGUUUCGUUUUCUUUGAUGACGUUCAUCUGCUGUCUGAGACAAUCCAAGGCGUGACGGCGACAGCCACCGGAGUCCAGUACCAGCAGUCCUGGCUCUGCAUCCUCUGCAACGUCAAACAUCUCCAGAGGCGUCAUGUGUGUAUCUCUCGUCUGGAAAGGCCGCAAAACUGGGGGGAGAACUGCUGCGAGGUCCGCUAUGUCAUCCUGAUACUCGCCCCGUCCAAAAUGAAAAGCACCAAGACGGCGAUGGAGCUGGGCAGGACGUUUGGCACCCUUUUCUCUGACAUCUCCUUCAGGCAGAAGCUGCUGGAGACAAAGACGCAGGAGGAGUUUAAGGAGGCUUUGGUGUUCCAGAGGCACCAGCUCACAGCGGCCAACCAGCAGCCCAUCGCUCUGGGGAAGAAGGAGACAGUCCCCCGCAAUCACAAACCUCUCAAGUGUAAAGAUUUCUUCAAAGCCGGCCGAGGGAUUUAUGAGGACUUGCGUCGCAGACUGCCUUUCUACCCUUCUGACUUCACAGAUGGUAUAGUUGGAAGUAAUAAAACCCUGCUGAAGUACAUGACCACAGCCAUCUUCCUCUACAUCGCCAUCCUCCUUCCCGCGAUUGCUUUCGGCUCCCUCAACGACGAGAGCACCCGCGGCGAAAUCGAUGUUCGGAAGACUAUCAUUGGCCAGAGCAUUGGCGGAGUCAUCUACUCGUUGUUCGCUGGCUCCCCUUUAGUUAUCCCUCUCACCACUGCUCCCCUCGCCAUCUUCAUCAGCGUGAUCCGAGGAAUCUGUGAUGACUACAACUUGGAUUUCCCAGCUUUCUAUGCCUGCAUCGGUUUGUGGAACUGCCUCUUCCUCAUCUUGGGAGGGAUCUUCAACGUCAGUCUGCUGAUGAAGCUCUUUAAAAGGUCAACAGAAGAGGUCAUUGCCCUGUUCAUUUCCAUUGCAUUUGUAGUUGAUGCUGUCAAAGGAACAGUCAAAAUCUUUCAGAGGUACUACCACGCUCCAGGUCUGGAAAACAGGAGCUUAGAGGACCUUCCUCAGGUUGGAGACCUGCAGGGAGGAAACAGGAGUGAGGUGAUGGUCGGGUCGGUGUUCAAUGCUCUGCCUGAAUCUUUCAUCCAGUGCACUCGAGAGAGGCCCGUCCUUUGCCUCCUGCUGAUGCUCGGGACAUUAUGGAUGGGCUAUACCCUCUACCAGUUCAAAAGAAGUCCGUUCCUGCAUGCCAAAGUGAGGGAAGUGCUGUCGGACUGCGCCCUGCCCAUCUCAGUGCUGCUGUUCUCCUUCAUCGGCUCCUACAUUUUUAGCGACAUCGAGCUUCCAGUGUUUAAGGUUCACAAUCGGCCGAUCUUCAACGUGGCUCCGUUCGAGCGGCUGUCGGCCAUGAACGUUGUCAGCGCCAUGGGACUCGGCUUCCUCCUGGCUCUCCUCAUCUUCAUCGACCAGAACAUUGUUGUUUCGCUUACCAAUGCUCCAGAGAACAGGUUGCUGAAAGGCACGGCGUAUCACUGGGACCUGAUGCUCUCCGGCCUCAUUAACAUCCUGAUGUCGGUGCUGGGGUUGCCCUGGAUGCACGCUGCCUUCCCCCACUCCACCCUCCACGUGCGCCAGCUGGCUUUCGUGGAGCAGCGCGUGGAGGGGGGGCACCUCUACGAGACCAUCGUCCAGGUGAAGGAGACCCGGCUGACGUCUCUGGCUGCCAACAUCUUCAUCGGCGUGUCUCUGCUGCUGCUGCCCGUUCCGCUGCAGUGGAUCCCCAAACCCGUCCUGUACGGCCUCUUCCUCUACAUCGCCCUCACCUCCAUCGACGGAAACCAGAUGUGCGACCGCAUGGCUCUCCUCCUGAAGGAGCAGACGUCUUACCCACCUACCCACUACAUCCGCAAAGUGCCCCAGAGGAAGAUCCACUACUUCACCUUCCUGCAGAUGAUGCAGCUGCUGGUGCUGUGCACAUUCGGCAUGUACCCAAUACCGUACAUGAAAAUGAUCUUCCCUCUGGUCAUGAUCCUCUUAAUCCCAAUCAGGAACAACGUGCUUCCUCAUAUCAUUGAGGCCAAAUACCUGGACAUCAUGGAUGCCCAACACAUGUAGCUUCACCAGGAUUCAAGCUCUGGAUCCUCACAGAGUCCAUGGGAGGGAGAGAGGAAGAAAAACAAUGGAAAAAGGAUGAACAAAAACAUAUUUUUUGAUGCAAAACUAUAUGGGCGCAAAUAGGGGGAAAAAACCACGGACUGUUUAGAUUUUUUUGUAUCCGAGAAGUCCGUUGAAGCACCGGAAACGCGGGGAAGCCGAGAGGAAGAGAGCCGAGAGUUUGGGUCCGAUAUUUUCCAAAAAGGCGAACAGAAUAUUUCUCUGUGAAACAAACGUUCUCCAAGAAAAGUGACUGUUCCCGUCUCGCCUCUGUUUCACCACGUCGGAUCGUGCGGUGCCAUAACAACUCCUAUGUUCUCGGUUCACGGCUUCAACCUUUUUAUGGUAACACUUUACAAUAUCCUUUUUGCAGUGUGUGGGGCAGGUGCUUCAAGUAUUCGCUGACGCUGUGGAAGUAAUAAUAAUAAAAAAAUAAAUUAAAUAAAAUAAAAGAAAUGCUGCAAGGGUACAUUAGAUUGUACCAAGAAAGGGGUUAAUGGCACAAUGUAGGUAUGAACCUGAUCGCUUUUUGACACUUUGCACUUAUCUUGUCUUUACACAGUUACAGGUGCGUCUCGAUACGUCGGAGAUCAUUAAAAAGUUCCUUUAUUUUGGUAAAUCUGUUUAAAAUGCGAGUCUAUAUGAAUGUGCAACAAAAAGUGAGUAUUUUUCUUUUCUUUUAGUUGUUAUGGAAACCUGUAAUGUAGCCUCUCAGAAGUUAAAAUUUUUACAUAAGACCAAUUAAGAGGUAUAUUUUUAAUACAGAAAUGUUCUGAGGCAUGAGGAGUCUUGCUGAUUUAACGGUUUCCAGCAGAAACUGGCCGUUCAAGGAUGUUCCAGCCAAUGGAAAGUUGAGUGGAAAGGAAAAAAAAAACACAACAAAUUCGCGAUUUUCUGAUUAUUUUCUGAUUUACCGAGAUGCACCUAUGUAUGGUUAAAUGUUUUACCCACAUACACUGUGUUUAAAAGUACCUACAUACUUUGAACGGGUCAGUUUAGAGCACUGCAUUUUGGCCACUGUAAAGUCCGACUUUUCCUCGUCAUUGUGCAGCGUUCCAGCAUUUUACAUUUCUGCACCUUUUAGCUGUUGCUACGGAUGACACUUGCGCACAUACAUGUUUAGUUUUCGGAGUCAUUCCAACAAGUGUCAGCAUUUGUACCAGGAGGAGAUCACAGAGGGUGUGUUUGCGUGUGUGUGUUUAGGUCAUACACACAGUACUUCUCCAUCCUCUGUCUAGUUCUCUGCCAGCUCUUUAGAAAAUGUAUUUUUAAAGGUGGAAUCCAUCUUUAGACGAAUAAUAAUAAUAAUUUUAAAAAAAAACAUUCCACGGGUAUAUAUAAUUAUUUAUAAUAAUUUAGAAUGACAGCACAAACCAAAAACAUAUAGUGAUAUCUUUAUCUUAAUGAGAAGGGGGGGGGAAAAUUAUCAGAAUAUAUGACGGCAAUAUAUUGAAAUAUUAUCGGUCAAUUUUAAAUAGAAUAUUUAUUUAUCAUAAUGAUAGUUUAUCUUUUAGAAAUGAAAAUGAGGUGUGUUUACCCUGAACUGAGAGCAGUGUGUUACCCUGUUUGCUUCUUUCCAUUCCACUGUCUGUGUGUCUUGCACUGCAAAAACACAAAAUCUCACCAAGUAUUUACUUCUAGUGCAAAUAUCUUAGUACAGUUGAAAUAAGACAAA